UAGGAACUGAAUCGUCUGCCCAGUGAUCUGAUCCACCAACUUUCCAAUGAGUUUCUAUUCAAGCCCAGCUUGCUCUUGAUUGGCUGCGCGUCUUAGGUGGCAUGCUCUUGGGCGCCAGCCUGAUUUGCGGCUGAGGUCUUCUUUCCGCCGAGUCUGCCACAGCCAGCACAUUAAUCCGAUUCACGAAGCGAGCUACACGACUUGUACUUCAAACGGCCUGCUCUGGGUUGCAACAGCGAAUAUUGAAGCAAGCAAGCAAGUAGAGUUCCAGGGUUCAUACAACAUAUAACGCCAAGAAGAGGUUACUAAAUGCUUGCGUGAAGCAGAUGCCCGAUUUCAUAUCAGAUGAUGAUAUUUCACCUUACGCGAUACUAUCGCACACUUGGGGUAACGACGAAGCGACCCGACAGAUGUGGCAAUCCAUACCUUCAUCCGAGUUGCAACUCAGGCAAGGUUACCUGAAAAUAGAGCACUGCCGUAAGCAAGCCGUUAGAGACGGAGUUGAAUGGGCUUAUUCUGACACGUACGUGAUCGAGGACAUUGGAGUCACGGCAAGCUGCCGAUUAAUUUUGCACGGACAAGACUAGCAGCGCUGAGCUGUCUGAAGCCAUCAACUCGAUGUACCGCUUUUAGUCUAAUGCUUCCUGCUGUUACGCAUAUUUCUCGGACGUCGAAAAGAAAAAAAAAUAAGAGACGGUCGUCGAGUUAAAUCUCUAGGAAUCUCGAUGGUUUACCUGUGGACGAACACUUCAAGGAUCGUGCUGCACAUGAACUUUGCCAUUCUGGAACAACUGUAGAGAGACAAAGUUUGCAGCGUUAAUCAAAGCAAGCUGACCGAAUGAUACAUCACAGCACAGCACUGCGCUGCGUAUGGGAUGGACAACGACCUUAUUAUCAUAUAACCAAGUAUCUUCCUAGCAAAAAUCUGGAGAAUUGUA